AUGAACAAAAUUCUGGCAGCAGCAGAUAAUUUAUUGAUGGAGAGCAAAGAAAAUAAACAAAAAGAAAAAUAAUUUGAUUUGAUGUAUUAUGAAAUUUGUAGAAUGGCUUUGAAUUGGCAUAGCGAAAAGAUUUCUUUAAAUGAAAUGCCACAUAAUUCAGCACAGUAUCGACACAGGUUAUCCCAUUCAAACUACUUGGAGGGAAUUUCAAUAAAAUCUCAUAAUGGGUAUUUUCAAAAAUAAUCUUAAAGACUCCAACAUUUCAAUCAACAACUAAAGUAAAACGAAAAUAAAUCACCAAUUCUAGAUGUCUUAAUCAUAGACAUACUUAUAUGGUCUGCCAUACAUUUGAAUAGAGCAUAUUGGAGGAUGAUGGCUGAUCUAUUCACAAUAGAUUGA